AGCAAUGAUACCAGGAAGUGUGAACUAGGGAAUCAAAAUAGUUUUGGUAAAUUGAUUAUUUUCACUCGUUAUCAAGGAAUAUAAUUUAUUCUGUAGUGAAUAGGUGUAAUACUCUAGUUGUGUAACAUAUUACCAGCCGUCUAGUGAGCCACCAUGGGACGACAUGGGGGCGUUGGUUUAGCGGUGUUUCUACUCGUGCUGGUCUUUUGCGAAGCAAGAAGACACAAACUCGCCCUAAAGAAUGACUCUAGAUUUGUGGUUCAUCUCAACACCUUUGGUUUCUUUGCCAACGGAACCCUGGACGUCAACGUUCUCUCCCUGAGACUGCCCGAGGACAACAGCAAGCACCCUGUGGGAUUCAGUCUCUACAAGUCUCGUGUUAAUGGCAUGCUGUCCUACACAACGGAGGAGACGGCGGUGUGUCCGCUCAUCAGACACAGCGGUGUUGAGCCCUUCUUCCUCUUCCUCAUUGACACCAACAACCUCAGAGUCAAUGUGAGGUCUUAUGGAGACCAGGACAGCGUCUUGACCCAGCUGAAGACAGACAAGACACUCACUAAAGACUCAGGUUCCAGGAGAAGAAGAGCAACUGUCAAUGACUUGAAAGUGACAGUACAGAAGAGUAAUGUGGAGGAAAAGAAGAAAGAUGCAGAGCUGAAAGAGGGGACGAAGGAGGAAAAGAAGAAAGAUGCAGAGCUGAAAGAGGGGACGAAGGAGGAAAAGAAGAAAGAUGCAGAGCUGAAAGAGGGGACGAAGGAGGAAAAGAAGAAAGAUGCAGAGCUGAAAGAGGGGACGAAGGAGGAAAUGAAGAAAGAUGCAGUGCUGAAAGAGGGGACGAAGGAGGAAAAGGAGAAAGAUGCAGAGCUGAAGGAGGAGGGGACGAAGGAGGAAAAGAAGCCAGAACCCAAGGAGGAAAAAGUAAAGAUGGGGCGGAUCAACAGGCUGACUCUAGAUGUGCAGAAAAUCAAUGGCUCCUACAGCUUCAGCUUCCACAUGGUGAUUGGCCAGUUGGAUGAGGGCCUGUACAACCUCGACUUCCACUACUGCGAGAACAUUCUGCCAGGCAACAACCGCCCCUACACUCUCAACGUGGAGGUGACGGAGAAGAACCCAGGAGGUUACCUGUCAGCAGCAGAGAUCCCUCUCCCUCGUCUCUACAUCUUCAUGGCUGGAGUUUUCUUCAUUAUAGCCAUGGUCUGGGUUUACACACUGCUGAAGCACAGGUACAGUGUGUUUAAGAUCCACUGGCUGAUGGCAGCUCUGGCCUUCACCAAGUCCAUCUCCCUGGUUUUCCACAGCAUCAACUACCACUUCAUCAACACGGAGGGACACCCCAUAGAAGGAUGGGCUGUCAUGUACUACAUCACCCACCUGUUGAAGGGGGCUCUGCUGUUCAUCACUCUGGCGUUGAUUGGUACUGGCUGGGCCUUCGUUAAAUACAUCCUGUCAGACAAGGAGAAGAAGAUCUUCAUGAUCGUCAUCCCUCUACAGGUUCUGGCCAACGUAGCCUACAUCAUAAUAGAGUCUACAGAGGAGGGCUCUAGUGAGUACGCCCUGUGGAAGGAGGUUCUGUUCCUGGUUGACCUCAUCUGCUGUGGAGCUAUCCUCUUCCCUGUUAUAUGGUCUAUUCGUCACCUACAAGAGGCUUCCAGCACUGAUGGGAAAGCUGCCAUGAACCUGGAGAAACUCAAACUAUUCAGACAUUACUACGUCAUGAUAGUGUGUUAUAUCUACUUCACGAGGAUCAUCGCCAUCCUGCUGAAGGUGACGGUGCCUUUCCAGUGGCAGUGGUGUUACGAGUUCCUAGUGGAGGUGUCGACUCUGAUCUUCUUUGUGUUGACGGGGUAUAAGUUCCGCCCGGCUUCCAACAACCCCUACCUCCAGCUGCCCCUGGAUGAGGAGGACGUGGAGAUGGACGAAGUGGUGACGGAGUCCGGUAUGUUGGAGGGCAUCUCUAAAGUCAAGAAGACAUCUAAUGGUCGCGAGCGCCAGAAAGAGUCUACCUUGUGAGAGUGUUUGUGAAGAGGGGGGGUGUUCUAAACACCCAAAACCCUCAGCGUUGGAGAGAAACGAUGACUGAAAUGGACCAAGACACACCCUUUACCCCUCUCCUAAAACACUCCCCCUCGAUCUGAAACUGGGUGGCUGUUACUAAAGCAACCACCGCCUCGCUAUGCAACAAGACAAACGAUGACAGACUUUAGUUGUCGUUGGACCUUCUCUCUCUCGUUUAUCUGGAGGCUUUCUGGAGGCUAUGCACCCCUGCCUGGUGUCAUAAUGGUUCAUUCCAGGGAGAGAACUCUUCCACCCACCCCCCCUCGUCGAUGGACGAAUAGAACGGUCUGGUCUGGGGUAGAAUGGACCUCUAAUGACCUCUCUCUCACUCCCUUUCCCUCUCUCUCCUUUUCUUCUCUCUGGAGAACGGAGGAAGCGACACUCCAAAGAUGAUCGUUUUCCAGAUGUGUGAUCGCUAUAUUUUAUAUCCAGAGUAUCCUGUUCUGUUUUAAUGUGUCCCAACUGGAACCCUGUUCCUGAUGUAGUACACUUCACAGGGUGUGGUUUGGAACCCUGUUCCUGGUGUAGUGCACUACACAGGGUGUGGUUUGGAACCCUGUUCCUGGUGUAGUGCACUACACAGGGUGUGGUUUGGAACCCUG